CACCAGCGGCAGCCGAAGCUGCCCACCGCGACCCCAGCGCCCUGCCUCAGCGAGUUCGCCGUGCUCGCGAAGGACGCUGCGGGAAGUUGCCACACGAUGUUGCUCAGGGGCGACGGCACGGGCGUCGCCUGCCGCCACAUUGGCUCUGGCCGGUGCGACGUGCUCGCGCUGGUCAAAGGCCAGACCUACACCGCAGUCGCCGCGGUAAGUGGCCACACGAACAAUUGUUCUGGGCAGUGCGACGUGCCAAUGCUGGUCGAAGGCCUGACCUACGCCGCAGUCGCAGCGGGAGGUUGCCACACGAUGUUGCUCAAGAGCGACCGUACGGCCGUCGCCUGCGGCCACGGUGGCUCCGAGCAGCGCGACGUGCCGGUGCUGGUCGAAGGCCUGAUUUACACCGCCGUCGUCGCGGGAGGUUGCCACAUGGUGCUGCUCAGGAGCGACGGGACGGACGUCGCGGGCUGCCACAAUGGCUCCGGGCAGUGCGAUGCGCCAGUGCUGGUCAAAGGCCUGACUUACACCGCCGUCGCAGCGGGAGGUUGCCACAUGGUGCUGCUCAGGAGCGACGGCGCGGCCGUCGCUUGUUGCAACAAUUGUCUCGGACAGUGCGACGUGCCCGCGCUGGUCGAAGUUCUGAUUUACACCGCCGUCGUCGCGGGAGGUUGCCACAUGGUGUUGCUCAGGAGCGACGGGACGGACGUCGCGGGCGGCCACAACGGCUCCGAGCAGUGCAGCGUGCGAGCGUUGGCCAAAGUCCUGGCCCACGCCGCCUGCCGUACACCGCGAACGCUGCUCUUCCAGGCCCCGCUUGGUGAUGGCUCGAUCAGCUUUGUGGCCCUGGACGGGGUGGAGCGCUGCACCGUCCAGGAAGCGCUCGGUGCUCCGCUCGCAGAUGUGUACGCCCUGCGGGUGUUCGAGCGCGGCGCAGGACCGGGCUCGCAGCAUGCAGCCCGCUGCGCGGCAGCCGUGGCAGAGUCGGAGGACACGGGCAACAAGUUGCACGACCUCGCGUACAUCGAGGACCAUCCCUCGGAGAACUCGUCAGGAGCAAUCGAGGAGGCGAAGAAGGAGGUCUUAGAUCAGAUCAUAGACCUCGAGCGUACGAGGCAGGAGUUCGCAGCCCGCAUGAGUCAGACCGUCGACGAGAUGAGGAGGCUCGAGAACGAGAAUCAGCGGCUUCAGCAACAAGUAGCCGGAGGCCUCGCGGCGAUUCCGCAGGCGAUCGAGCGCAUGGGCGAGCAGAUCCGAGGAGCUACGCACGCGGGAGGAGCCGCACCAGGUCUCGUCGACACGAAGGGGAUCGGCAAGCCCACGACGCUAGGCGACGAUCAGGAGAAGUUCGGAGCUUGGAACCGCAAGAUGGAGAACUACGUGAUAGGCGUGUACGGAGAGAGCUUCCGUCCUGUUCUCCGGUGGGCGGCAGAAGCCGAACGCCCCGUGACGAUCGAAGGGGCACAGGAGGCGCACGGAGGAGUACCAGAGCUGGUGACCAAGAUCAACCAGCUGUACGCGGCGCUGAUCAGCACGACGGCGGACGGCAGCGAGAGCAACGACCUCGUGACGGGCGCGCCAGACGGGAACGGUCUCGAGGCCUGGCGGAAACUUCACCGCAGGUGGGACCCGACGACAGGUCCGAGGAAGAGGCUGAUCCUGAGAUCGAUCAUCUCGCCUCCGAAGUGCAACGCGGAAGAGCUGGGGUCCGCCUUAGAGAAAUGGAUCCAGCAGAUAGGCAAGUACGAACGCCGCCAAGGAGAGGACGGACUGGCCGAGCUGCCGGAGGAUAUCAAGAUGGCGGCCCUCGAGAUGCUCGUGCCUCAGGACAUCGAGAACCACCUCGUACUCAACAAGCAUCGGCUCGUAACGUUCCAGGACAGUCUGAACGAGGUGAUGACGAUCGUGGAGGCUCGGACAGGCGUGAAGAUCAAGGAGCCAUCGAUCCGCGCACGGGCGCACCAUCCGGACGACAUGGACGUCGGAUCGUUCGGAGCCCCGAAAGGUGGUGGCCGCGGCGGCAAGGCCGGCGGCAAGGCUGCAGGCAGCCUGGAGGAGGAGCCUGAAGCGGAGGUCGCCGCCCUGGAUAUGGGCAGCUUGGAUUGCCUGGAGCUCGCCGGCGGCAGCGGCCGCGGCGUAGCAGCGGUCGACCUCUCUCCCUUCGCGCAGGACGACUGGAUGAAGUUCAACUGGGACAGCGGUGCAGCGGUCUCAGCAUUCCCUCGGAGCUUCGCGCCGCCGACGGGAUUGAAGGGCAACGGCAGCACGUAUCGUACGGCCAGUGGUGAGCUUGUCCCGGACGAGGGCAGCUUGCAGCUCAAGGCGGAGGAUGAGUACGGAGUGCUACGAGCGCUCAAGGGACGCGUGACGAACGUGCACAAGCCGUUGAUCUCGGUGGGGCAGGCAGCAGGAGCUGGACAGUGUUCAUUCCUAGGCCGCAAUGGCGGCUGGAUAUUCCACGAGAAGAGCCCAAUCGGCAAGCGUGUAGUAGGCAUGCUGGAGAAGGAGGCGAAGACGGCGAAGCACCAGAUGCUGCCGGUCUAUCGUGAGCAGGGCGUUUACAACUUCUACCUCAAGAAGGGCCAACAUGGCUCGGUUGCUCCUCUCGAGGAGGGAUUUUCGGCGAAGUCGAAGUCCGAGCUGGUGGAGCUACUCAGCGGCAAGUCGAAGGAGGAGCUGCUGGAGAUCCUCGAGAGGACAGCACCUCAUGAGCCCUCUCAGAAGGAGAUCGCCGAGCACGAGGCGAUGGGACACGCGACUUACCGCAGCUGGUGUCGCGUGUGCAUUGCGGCAAAGGGCCAAGGCCAGCCGCAUCUCCGCGCACCGGAGGACGACGAGACGGCGGUGCCGGUGGUCUCGUCCGAUUACGCCUUCAUGGGCCAGGACGACGCGGACACCAUGCCGAUGCUGGUCCUUCGGGAUCGACGUUCGAAGAUGAUGGCAGCGACAUUCGUGGAGAAGAAGGGCGACGACGCCUACGCCAUCAAGUUCUUCGCACGCUUCUUACGGAUCCUGGGCUACAGGAAGAUCGUCAACAAGUCCGACGGCGAGCCAGCGAUCCUGCUGGUCAAGAGGCGUGCGGUGGAGGAGGUUCCUGGCCUCGAGGCCAUUCCCCAGGAGUCGGCACCGGCCGACCAUCAGGCCAAUGGGGAGAUCGAGGUCACGGUGCGCGAGAUCAAGAAGCAGGUGCGAGCGCUCAAGAUGGACCUGGAGUCCAAGCUGGGCGUCAAGGUGGAGGACAAGCACCCAGUGCUAGCGCACCUGCCGGAGCACGCCGCAUCGGUGAUCAACCGAUACAGGCGCGGCCAGGACGGCAAGACCGCUCUUCAGCGGCUCACGGGACGGCAGUGGAGGAAGCCGGUCCCGCUCUUCGGCGAGCGCCUGAUGGUGCGGUUCGCCGGGGAGCGCACGAGGAAGAACGCGCUGGAGGAACAGAUGGUGGAGGCCCGCUACAUUGGCCACCACCCGCGCGACGGCUCGAUGAUGGUCAUCACGAGCGACGGUGUGAAGAAGGCGGUCGGCUUUCGCAGCCUGCCGCAGAGCGAGAAGUGGAUCACGGCGGGCUGGGACAGCCUGAAGGGCCUGCCGUGGGACGUGGCUCCGCGUGCGGCCAGUGCGCCGCGAGCCAUCGUCGGACCGGGAGAGGCCGGUCCGCCACCGAUUGUGGUGGUGCCGCCGCAGCCGCAGGCGCCGAGGAGGAUGUACGUUCUCAAGGCGGACGUCGAGCGGCUGGGCGCAACGCCGGGAUGCCCAGGGUGCGUCUCGAUCGCCAAGCACGGCAAGGUGCUGGCUGGCCAUGCGCACAACGCGGUGUGCAGCAAGAGAAUCUUCGAAGCGCUGGACGCUGAGGAGGCAGGCCGGGAGAGGACCGGCCAGUAUCGAGAGCGGAGGCAGGGCCAAGAGGCCAGAGUCCGCCCGGCGGCAGCGGCCGCGGCAGGGACCCCUCCGCCGAAGACGGCUCGGAGGAUCACCGAGCCAGUGGCAGCGGCGGCGUCGGCGCCGGCCGCGAGCCGAUCAGCAGCAGCGCCAGCAGCAGCGGCGCGCAUGCGAGAGAGCCAGCCGGGAGCAUCAGGCUCCGGCGUGGCGGCUCCUUCAGGAGGAGCGAGCUCCAGUUCGGGAGCAGUGAGAGCGGCAGAGGCCGCCGAGGAUGUCGACAUGACCGCGACCAGGUCGCGGCUGAAGCGCUUGGCGGAGGUGGCCCCGGAUGACGUGCCGGAGGCCCUCGAGCGCGGUGAUCCACAGCCGGCAGACGUGCCGGUACCGGUGGACAUGGAGGACCUCGCGGCGCAGCCGGCGCCAGCGGAAGGACCUCAGCUGCCAGCUGGAGUGGCAGUCGUGUGGAACGCCAGCGAGGGGAGACACAUGCGGGUGCUCGCUCUCGACGUGGCGUCAAUCGAGCUGGUCGAGCUCGGAGUGCUGACGAGAGCGAAGGCGGAGUUGCUUCCGCUCGUUCGUGAACAGGUCAGCGGCCACUGGGCCAGUGUCGGCGUGGACAUCGCCGACGAGGAGGUGGACAGCAUCGCCUUAUCGGCGUUGCAGCUGGGCGCCGUGGACGUGGCAGAGGUGUACUCGCCGCAUCGGUUCUCGGCGCGAGCGGCGGAGUUCCAGCUGCGCCCGGGCUUCGCGGCGGACCUGGAGGAACUCAAGGAGGACGGGACGCCGUGGGACUUGCGGCGACCCGAGGACAUCAAGGAGCUCGAGGAGCUGCAGGAGCGGAUGGAUCCCAUCCUGCUUACGGGGUCCCCUCCAUGCGAGAAGUUCAGCUUGCUGAGGGGCCUGAGCGCCAAGUUCAGGACCGAUGAGCAGGAGGCGGCUGAGAUGGAGGAGGCCAGACACCACCUGAAGGUGGCAGUCGACGCCUACUGGCGUCAGCUCAGGAAGCCAGGCAGGUACUUCCUGCAUGAGCAUCCCUGGAGCGCGCGAUCGUGGAAUGAGGACAUCGUCAAGGAGCUGGUCGCGCAUCCAGGAGUCUUCACGGUCAAAGGCCCCAUGUGUCGGUGGGGCAUGAAGCUCACGAACCCACGCAGUGGCCAGGAGGAGUUCGUGCGCAAGGAGACCGGGUGGGUCACCAACCACCCAGGCUUGGCUCGGAGACUGCAGGGCACUUGCAGCAAUGUGGACGGACGCGCGGAGUGGCAUCGCCACAUCACGCUCGUGGGCGGCAUCGCGCGGUUCGCGAAGGUCUAUCCACCGAAGUUGGUGGAGGCGGUGCUGGAGGAGCUCAGGGACACGCUGAACGACGUGGGGGAGCUCAGCACCGCCCAGGUGCAGCAGUCGGGCCCAGUCCCGGUGGACGCGGCGGUGCCGCCCGGGGACUGGACGAGCUACUGGGACGACGUCAACGGCGGCUACCUGGAGGCAGGCCUUGUGGCCCAGGCUCGCGCGGUCGAGCGCGAGUGGGUCAAGAAGCAGGAGCUGAUCGAGAUCGUCCCGAGGUCUCAGGCUUUCGCUGAGACUGGGCGUCCGCCCAUCCCACUCAAGUGGGUCGACACGAACAAGGGCGACGCGGAGAGGCCCAACUACAGGAGCAGGCUCGUCGUGAAGGAGAUCAAGGCGAAGAAGCGUCCGGACGAGCAGCUGGAGGCGUCCGAGGUCUUCUCGGCAAUGCCUCCUCUGGAGGCCAUGCGGUCGCUGGUCUCGCUGAUGGUCACGUGGACGCGGGAAGCACCGCUCCACAUUCAGGAGUCGCUUCGCAAGAAGGGCAGGAAGCCGGGCAACUUCAAGACCGGCUUCUUCGACAUCAGCAGGGCGCACUUCUACGGGAAGGCGCAGCGAAGGAUCUUCGUGGAGCUGGAGGAGGAGAGUCGCAAGGAGUACGGCGAGGACAAGUGCGGCUUACUCCUCAAGUCCUGGUACGGCACGCAGGACGUCAGCAAGAUCUGGCAGGGCGACUACACGGAGCUGUUGGAGGAACACGGCUACAAGGCGGGCAUGUCAUGCCCAGCGGUCUUCUACAAGGAGGUGGACGAGACAAGGCUGCUGGGGCACGGCGACGACUUCGCGGUGCUGGCUCAGCAGCAGGACAUCGACAGCUUCGAAGCCACGUUGGGCAAGAAGUACGAGUUCAAGAAGACUGCGAACCUCGGCUUCGACGAGGGCGAUGACAAGCAGGCGGUCUUCCUGAAUCGGGUCAUCGAAGUCAGUGCGGGAGUUCCGCCUGGCGGUGGCCGUCCCUGCCGGCAUGCGAUGAUUGAGCCGGACAAGCGGCACGCAGAGAUCGUGAUCGACGAGCUGGGUCUCAGCAAGGCCAACGGCGUGGACACGCCGAUGGAGAAGCGCAGCGCCGACAAGCAGAUGAUGGACGCGAAGUCAACGGCGCUGGGAGCGGCGGAAGCUUCGCGCUUCCGAUCCCUCACCAUGAGGGUGGCCUACCUGUCUCAGGACAGGCUGGACUUGGCAGAGGCAUCGAAGACGCUCGCCAGGUCUAUGCAGACGCCGACGGAGGCGAGUUGGCUCAUGCUCAAGAGGGUUGGCCGCUACCUCAAGCGGCAUCCCAGUACGGUGACGGUCUUCACGGAGCAGAAGAUGUUCGACAAGAUCCGGGUGUACGUGGACUCCGAUCAUGCGGGCUGUGCAGUCACUCGGAAAAGUACGGGAGGCUUCGUGGCGAUGCUGGGGCAUCACGUCAUCAAGCACGGCAGCAAUCUGCAGUCGACGGUCUCUCUGAGCAGUGGGGAGAGCGAGUACUACGCCCUGGUCAAGGGCGGGAGCGUGGGCCUGGGUCUACACAGCCUCUUCGCAGACUGGGGGCUGGACCUGAAGGUGGAGCUCGCCUCAGACUCAUCGGCGGCCCGGGGCCACGUCCAACGGCGAGGUCUCGGGAAGAUGCGACAUGUUCAGUCACGAUACCUGUGGAUCCAGGAGCGUGUAGGCAAGGGCGACCUUUCGAUCGCCGCAGUUCCUGGUAAGAACAACGUCGCAGACGUGCUGACUAAGAGC